AUGGAGUGGGGCGAGGGGCCCAGACUCAGAGACUUCCUGAGUGGAAGUCUGGCCACCUGGGCUCUGGGACUUGCCGGGCUGGUGGGGGAGGUGGAGGUGCCCCAGGGUAAAGACGAGGAGGAAGAAGAGGAGGAAAAGGAGGAAGAGGGGCUCAGUACCGAGAGGAGGUUCUUUCAACUCAGCGAUGGGGCCCUCCUCCUUCGGGUGCUGGACAUUGUUGCCCCAAGUUCCAGAGGGGUACCUCGGGUGGUGGGAGGCCAUGAGGAUCCUGCAGCCAGGAGGGUCCGGAACCUGAGUCAACUGUGGGGUCGACUGAGGGAUUUUUACCAGGAGGAGCUUCAGCUGCUAAUCCUGUUACCACCCCCUGAUCUCCAGAGGUUGGGGUUUGACCCCCUCUCAGAGGAGGCGAUGGAGGAACUGGGAGGCCUCCUACAGCUAAUGCUGGGGGCGUCUGUGCAGUGUGAGCAUCGUGAACUCUUCAUCCGUCACAUCCAGGGUCUCAGUCUUGAGGUCCAGAGCAAGCUGGCUGUAAACAUCCAGGAGGUGAGCCAGCCCUGGGCAGGCAUGGUGUUGGCGCUGGCUGGGCCCUUGCCUGGGGAGCUGGAACCUUCGGAGUUGGAAACACUGUCUUGGAGCCUGAAAGGGACACUGUCAAGGCUGGCACGGGAGCGGGAUGUGGGGGCCCAGAGGCUAGCAGAACUGCUGCUGGAGAGGGAGCCGGCCCCUCUUCCGCCUGAGGCUCGCACCCAGACCCCCUUGGAGGGUUCAGCUCACCACCUGGCCCUGCAGCUGGCCAACACUAAGGCCCAGCUGCGGCGGCUGCGGCUGGAGCUGGAGGAGAAGGCCGAGUUAUUGCUGGACUCCCAGACGGAGGUGCAAGGCUUGGAGGCAGAAAUUCGAAGGCUCCGCCAGGAGGUUCAGGCGCUGUCGGGGCAGGCCAAACGGGCGGAGCUGUACCGCGAGGAGGCUGAGGCGCUGCGGGAGCGGGCCGGGCGCCUGCCCCGCCUGCAGGAGGAGUUGCGGCGCUGCGCGGAGAGGCUGCGGGCUGCCGAAGCUUGCAAGGGCCAGCUGGAGGAGGAGCGGGCGGUCUCAGAGACUCUGGAGGCCUCGAAGGCGCUUCUGGAGGGGCAACUGGAGGCCGCCCGUGAGCGCUGUGCCCGGCUGCACGAGAGCCAGCGCGAGAACCUGCUGCUGCGGACCCGGCUGGGAGAGGCGCAUGCGGAACUGGACUCUCUCCGGCAUCAGGUGGACCGGCUGUCGGAGGAGAACGUGGAGCUGGAGCUAGCGCUCCAACGCAGCCUGGAGCCACCACCCCCGAGCUCUCCCGUGGAGGCACCCCUGUCAGGAGCAGCCCCCUCUCUGCAUGACGAGGUGAGGGAGGCCGAGGUUGGGCGGCUGCGGACCCUCGAGCUGGAGAAUCAGGAGCUUCGAAACCUGCUUCAGGUGCUGCAGGGGAGCUCAGGGCAGGAGCACCCCCUGCUGGAGGAGCAGAGCGAGGACUUCAGAGCUCCAGAGUUAUCUGCAGACUCGAACCCUCAGGGCCUGGUGCCCCAGGCAGGGGAUGAAGACCCCCAGGCUUUAGGCCUGACUCCCUGGACAUCAGAUUCAGCACCCCAGGGAUCAGAUGAGUGUCCCCAGGCAUCUGAGUCCGGCCCUCAGGCCAUGGAUAGAUCCCUCCAGGAAGCAGACGUGGCCCUCCAGAGCUGUGACUUGACUCCACAGGAUCCAGGCCCUGCUGUGGAGACGCAUGAGUCCCUGGAGAAAGCUGGCCAUGAAGUCCCUUUCCAGACACCUGUCUCUGCUGGGAUGCUAUCUCAGAGUCGAGAGAUCGAAAUUCAGGCCCAAUUGCUGCCGCACGGGGAGACCGGGAUGAGAGAGACUCUUCCAGGGCAGUUGGGACCUGAGCCCCAGGGGCUGAGACUGGAGGACUCGGGCCUCAAACCAGGAGCUGUGAACCUCAGAGAACAGUUGAGGGGGCAGGAGAUCCAAGGUCAGGGCCUGGACCUGUCCAGUGUGCAGAUAGAGGCCAGAGACCCUGACCAAAGACUAGAGGAAACCAUCAGAGAAACAGCUGAUAAUCAACCACAGCAAGGAUCAGAAGGGGCUCCUGAGACCCAGGUCUGGGAGGAGCCCAUCCCAGGGGAGAUCCUGGCCAGUGGUGUCCCAGAGCAGGGAACUCUGAGGGAGGAGGUGGCCCAGCUAAGGAGAGAGGCUGAGGUUCUCAGAGCUGAACUGGAGGCCCAGGCCCGAAGGUUGGAGACCCGAACCACGGAAUCUGCCCGCCUCUGUGAGGAACUGGCUCAGGCACGCAGGGCAGAGGCUGAGGCCUACCAGGAGGUAGAGGCCCAGGCCCAGGAACAGGCUGGGCUUCGGGAGGCAUUGGAGGCAGCCAGCCGGGAGCUGGAAGCUGCUGCCAGGGAACGGGAGGCGCUGGCUGAGGCGCUGGCUGCAGCAGGUCGGGAGCGGAGGCAGUGGGAGCGGGAGGGACCUCGGCUUCGGUCCCGGGCCGAGACUGCUGAGGAACAGCUGCAAGUGCUGGAGAGUGAGGGCCGCAGACACCUGGAGGAGGCUGAGAAGGAACGGCAGGAGAAGAAGGUCCUCAGGGAGGAGCUAGACAAGGCGGUGGUGCGGGGCCAGGAACUGGGGGCCCGGCUGGAAUGCCUGCAGCGGGAGCUGGAACAGGCAGCUGUGGAAAGGCAGGAGUGGCGGAAGGACCAGGAGAGCCAGCAUCAGAGGUACCAGGGUCUGGAGCAGCGAAUGGAAGCGGAGCUGCAGGCAGCCGCCACCAGCAAGGAGGAGGCGCUGUUGGAGCUCAAGGCGCGGGCCAAGCAGCUGGAAGAGGAGUUGUUCCAGCUUCGCCAGGACCCCGAGGGCCUGGGACCUGAGAAGCAGGCUGGGCCUUGGACCUUGGAGACCCAGAGCGGGCGGCUUAUCGAGGUGGAGCGCAGUAAUGCUGCGCUGGAGGCUGAGAAGGCAGCUCUGCGGGGACAGCUACAGCAUCUGGAAGGACAGCUGGGGAGCAUGCAGGGGCGGGCUCAGGAGCUGCUGCUGCAAAGCCAGCGGGCACAGGAGCACAGUGGCCGUCUGCAGGCUGAAAAGACCAUGCUGGAACGGCAGGGUCAGGAGCUGCACCGGAGGCUGGGGGUGCUUGAGGAGGAGGUGCAGGUGGCCCGGCGGUCUCAGGAGGAGGCCCGUGAGCAACAGCAAGCUCUGCUGCGGGACCAUGAGGCGCUGGCCCAGCUGCAACGGCGCCAGGAGUCGGAGCUGGAGGGCCUGCUGGUCCGGCACCGAGACCUCAAGGCCAACAUGCGGGCGUUGGAACUGGCCCACCGGGAGCUGCAGGGCCGGCAUGAGCAGCUGCAGGCCCAGCGCGCCAACCUGGAGGCCCAGGAGGUGGCCCUGUUGGCUGAGCGAGAGCGUCUGAUGCAGGACGGGCAUCGGCAGCAGGGGCUGGAGGAGGAGCUGCGGCGACUACAGGGCGAGCAUGACAGAGCUCAACUGCUGCUGGCGGAGGUGUCCCGGGAGCGAGGGGAACUGCAGGGUGAACGUGGGGAGCUUCGGGGCCGCCUGGCACGGCUGGAGCUGGAACGGGCGCAACUGGAGGCCCAGAGCCAACGACUGCGAGAGUCCAACCAGCAGCUGGACCUGAAUGCCUGCCGACUGACCACACAAUGCGAGCUGCUGACACAGCUGCGGAGUGCCCAGGAGGAGGAGAACCGGCAGCUGCUGGCAGAGGUGCAGGCCCUGAGCCGGGAAAACCGGGGGCUUCUGGAGCGCAGUCUGGAAAGUCGAGACCACCUGCACCGUGAGCAGCGCGAGUACCUGGCCCAGCUGAAUGCCCUGCGUCGAGAGAAGCAGAAACUGGUGGAGAAGAUAAUGGACCAGUACCGAGUGCUGGAGCCUGGGCCCCUGCCCCGGACCAAGAAGGGCAGCUGGCUGGCAGACAAGGUGAAGAGGCUGAUGCGGCCCCGGCGGGAGGGGGGCUCCCAUGGGGUGCUGCGCCUGGGGGCCGAUGGGACUGGCAGCACCAUGAGCCUGGGGGGCCCCCUGGAGAUGGAGCUCCCCGAGGGCAGGGAGGCAGAUGGGACAGGCCUCCCUUCACCAGCACCCAUGCGCCGGGCCCAAAGCUCCCAGUGCCUACAGGACGUGGCAGGCAGGCAACGACGGAAACUCAGCUCGAGGUUACCCGUGGGGCGAAGCUCUGAGUCAUUCAGCCCCGGAGAUACCCCACGGCAGCGAUUCCGCCAGCGCCGCCCAGGUGGGAGACUAGGAGGACCAGGUGUGGGAUGGGAUGGUUCUGUCGAGACCUUGGCGGAACACAAAGCCGAUGUCAGCCGAGAGGGCCCCGAGGAGCAGGAACAGGAGAAAUGCCCCCUCGCCCCUUCCCUCAGCCAGUGA